CUGGACGCACUGAGCCCCAAGCUGGUGCAGCAAAGCAGCACAUUAUAUGAUGCAAUGCUUCAUUUCUUUCUAAAAGCUGCAGGACUGUAACGCGUUGUGUUUGUUUUUUUUUGCUUUUGUGUUUUUGCGAUGUCGACGCUGGGAACCAGUUACUAUGUUGACUCGCGUGUUCUUCCCGAGCAGGAAGAUAUAGCACCGAGGUAUUCAUCAGCUGCAGGGGUGGAGCAGGCGAUGCUCACCGAAUAUGGCGGACAGGAGUCUUGUCCUUUACAGGCGAAAUCUUCUAUUUUCGGGGGAUCCUGGAGUCCCAUCUCGGCCCACCCUCCAAACACAGCCGCUCCGACUUAUAUACAUCACCAUUACACGACUGGGGACAGCGAUGGCAUGUUUACGCGCUCCUGGGCGUUGGACCCCGUGUCUGCGUCCCUGUGUUUAACGGGAUUACCGUCGACAGCCAUGCAUUAUGAAAUCAAACCCGAGCCACUGAUUGGGAGUAAUGAGUGCACAACUUUGGAAACGCAUACACCUCUUUUGUCGAACACUGAAAACGGAGUGUCCCUGGUGGAGAUUCCCUGCGAUACCACAUCCACGUCUAAAGCCACAGACGAGAGCCCGUCAGCACAGGAGAAAGGGGAGACGGAUGCAAAUAACCCCUCAUCCCACUGGCUUCACGCAAAGCCCAGCAGAAAAAAGCGUUGCCCAUAUACAAAGCAUCAAAUCCUCGAACUGGAAAAGGAGUUUCUUUUUAACAUGUACCUCCCGCGGGAUCGUAGAUACGAGGUAGCGAGAGUCCUGAAUUUGACCGAGAGACAGGUGAAAAUCUGGUUUCAGAACCGCAGGAUGAAGAUGAAGAAAGAAAACAAAGACCGGCGGAGAGACAGUUAACAGGUUUUGGACUGAUGGUGGAUUAGACUGGGCUUGGGGUUGGGGUUGGGGGGUCAGACCUUAAUGUUCCUGAGCUGUUACACAUGUUGUUGUAAAGUUUGUGUUAUUAAAACAGUGCUGGAUGUUGUUGUUGUUUUCCCCCUGUGAUAUCCAGUGUUUCGUGUUUGUGAGAGGACAAAAUGUCUUGUCAGAAUUUAGAUGUGUUGUGUUUGGCGCGCACAGUUAGUUACAUAUAGGCCAUUUGUUAUUUGCAUGAACUGAUCUUUGACUACCUGAAUGUCCUUCAGCUACCUGUUUGCAUUAAGUUAUUGUUUCUGCAACUUUAGGUGUUUUAUAACCGUUAGGUUUGGACCAGUUUGUGAAGACACUGUGCACUUCUUAAAAUACCUCGUUGUUCUUAAUCUCAUCCAAAAAAUAAAUAGUUUAUAUAGCACAU